GUACUUAGUAUUAUGAAACGCUUUAAACAUUUAUUUAACAAAAAAUGUUCCAUCAUCGGUAUGGUUCACGUUAAACCGCUUCCAGGUACACCUCGCUUUAAUAACGACAUAGAUAAAAUGGUAUCGGAAGCCUGUAGAGAAACCCAGAUAUAUUUGGAAAACAACCUGGACGCUGUUCUUGUGGAAAAUAUGCAUGAUGUGCCUUACAUACAAUCCAGAGAUUUUGGGCCUGAAGUAACGGCCACAAUGAGUCGGAUUUGUACAGAAGUUAGAAAGAUUGUUCCAAAAACAGUACCCUGCGGCUUACAGGUCCUAUCCUGCGGCAAUAGGGAAGCGCUAGCAAUAGCAAAGGCAUGUAAUUUUAACUUUAUUAGGGCCGAAGGCUUCGUAUUCAGCCACAUUGGCGAUGAAGGAUUUACAGAUGCAAACGCGGGCACUUUACUAAGAUAUCGAAGAGCGAUUAAUGCUGAAGACGUCCUUAUUUUUGCUGAUAUAAAGAAAAAACAUAGUUCACAUGCAAUUACAAGCGACAUUACGCUGGAAGAAACAGCAAAAGCUGCGGAAUAUUUCCUGGCAGACGGUGUAGUUCUUACUGGAACGGCCACAGGCGUUCCAGCCAAAAUAACUGAGCUUCAGGAGCUGAAACAUGCAACUAAACUGCCCAUUUUAGUCGGAUCUGGGGUAACAGCGGACAAUGUUACAAGCUACCUGCAAGCAGACGCUCUAAUUAUUGGAUCUCAUUUCAAAACUAAUGGCAUCUGGUGCAACGCACUGGAUAAUUACAGGAUUAAGGAAUUCAUGAAAAAAAUUAGAGAUUUUACAUAAGCGGUUUUGAAAACCAUUUUUGCUCACAUUGCCUAAACCUAACAUAGUGUUAAGUCUAACUCAUAAUCAAUAAAUUAAAAAACAUUUCUAAAAUUAAA